UCCCCGUCGGACGCCGUUCCGGACUAUUAAUAGAUAAGACUCAUUCUCCGGCAAUCUUAGAAGCAGAGACGAGCGCUUCCGCCGCUCCAGAUAGCGUCCUAGUGACCCCUUUGAACCCAUGACGUGGAAAUGAACAAGCAAGUGCUUUUCAGCCUUUUUCUGGCCAGUGCAUUGGUUUGCAUUUUGGGAAACGAUGCGGAGGAUGACCGGGAACCACCAACUAUACUGGUGGCCUUGUUGGUCCGAAACAAAGCCCACACGCUACCAAUGUUUCUAAGCUAUCUUGACCAGCAGGAGUAUCCCAAGCAGAGAAUCGCCUUUUGGCUGCGUUCCGAUCACAACGCGGAUGACAGCGUAAAUCUUCUUCAGAAGUGGCUGAAGCACUCGGCCGAAUCGUACCACAGUGUCAACUUUAGUUUCGAAACGGAUGAGCAGAGCUAUCCCAAUGAAAGCUCUCCUUACGAAUGGUCCUCAUCGCGUUUCAAGAAUCUAAUCAGUCUGAAAGAAGAGGCUUUCGGUUACGCGCGUGAUAUUUGGGCCGACUAUGUUUUCUUUCUGGACGCGGAUGUCAUGUUAACCUCCAAAGAUGCCCUCACUAGGCUUACACAACUUCGUUUGCCCAUUGUGGCACCCAUGUUGCUAUCAGAGAGCUUGUACUCUAACUACUGGUGCGGCAUGACCGAGGAAUACUACUACCAGCGCACGGAUGAAUACAAGGAGAUUUACCACCUGAAAAAGGUGGGCAGUUUUCCGGUGCCCAUGGUCCACACAGCUGUCUUGGUGGACAUGAACUACAAGGGCGUGAAAAAUCUGACCUUCGACAAGAGCAAGUUGCAGGAAAUGCAGAAAACCCGAAACCAAGAACCACUGUUCGACGGUCCAUCUGAUGACAUUAUAGUAUUUGCUAUAUCAGCAAAUAGCUCAGGAAUUCCAAUGCACGUCUGCAAUGAGAUUACAUUCGGUUAUAUACUGCAACCAUUGGAGCCUGGCGAUUCAUUGGAUCAAGAUCUCCAGCAGCUGGUGCAUAUCAGGGCCAGCAUGAUCACUGAUCUGGGCGACGUGCCUCCAUUUCAUGACUAUUUCCAACACUUGGUAACCAAGCCGGAGAAGUCCAAGCUAACACUGGACCAUAUUUUCAUGAUCAACCUGGAAAGACGGCCUGAGAGACGACAGAAAAUGGAGAAGCUGUUCGACGAAAUCGGCUUGGAUGUGGAACACUUCCCCGCUGUAGAUGGCAAGGAACUGAAUAUCGGGGUUGUGAAACAAAUGGGUAUUACGUUCAUGCCCGGCUACGAGGACCCUUACCACCAUAGAGCCAUGACCAUGGGCGAAAUUGGAUGCUUCCUAAGUCACUAUCGCAUUUGGGUUAAGAUGGUGCAGCAGAAGUUAAAGGAGGUUCUCAUCCUGGAAGACGACAUACGGUUCGAGCCCUAUUUCCGGAACAACGCCGUUCGAGUUUUGAAUCAGGCCAGGAGUGUGGUGGAAUAUGACCUUAUCUACUUUGGGCGCAAACGCUUGAAAGAAGAGAGUGAGCCCUGGGUGGCUGAUACAGACAGCUUAGUCCACGCUGGCUACUCCUAUUGGACACUUGGCUAUGUCCUCUCCUACGAAGGUGCCCUUAAGCUGCUGGCGGCCAAACCACUGGAGAAACUUAUACCUGUUGAUGAAUUUCUGCCGGUGAUGUUCGACCGCCAUCCCAACAAAACCUGGAGCCAGGCCUACAAGAAACGUGAUCUUGUGGCUUUCAGUGCUGCUCCACUUUUGUUGUAUCCCGUUUACUACACUGGAGAUUUCGGCUAUAUUUCGGAUACGGAAGAUUCCCAGCAAAUAAAUGUGGAGGCCAAUGAAGGGGAAGCCAGGUUGAAAAGUGACAGGGAGCAGGUCUUUCUCAAAGAGGAUGAGAACAGCUCGGAUCAGCAAUUAAAGCUUGGCGAAAGCAAGAGCCACCAAGAACUUUGAAACAUGAAAACUUUUAAAACACGAUGCCAAAUUUAAUUAGACUAAGAUAGCCUAAUUCUUCCAAAUGCCAAUGCCAAAUGUGCCUUCAUAUCCAAAUCCAAAACUAUUGACAACGAAUGAUCAAAUUAGAAUUAAGUUUUUACCGUAGUUAAAUGUUUUUACUAUUUUUUCUUAAGUUUUUUAAUCUUUUCAAGAUUCUAUGAGCUUGCUCGAAUAUUUUUUUAUUGUUUUUGACAAAUCUGUUCCUAACAUUAGGGUUUGGAAAACUACUAAAGAACCAAAAUUGAUACAAACUGAGAUAAAAGUUCAUUAUCAGCCAAUAGCACAACUUAUCUGUCUACCUUGAACUUUAGAUGUAAGAUAAGCGUUAGCAAUGAGCUAACUAAAACAAUAUUUUAAACUUGAUACAAAAUCUCACUUUAUUCCAUUCACCAGUAAUGUGAAAAACUAUAAACACUUACGAUUUAUAAA